CUCCCAGCUAAUAGGUACAGAACAGACCAUAUCUAGGAGAAGCGGUGGGCCUGGUCUCUCUUUUGACUGUUCUCAAUAUGGCGUCUGUGAGAGAGGUAUCCAGCUUUACCGAGGACCUGCUGUGCCCCAUCUGCCUCUCCAUCUUUCGGGACCCUCACAUGCUGGAGUGUGGCCAUAGCUUCUGUGCUCAGUGCUUAGAGCCCUGCAUCCCCAAGGGCCAGAGACGUGGGCUUUGUCCUGAGUGCCGGCGGCCAUUUGCUUUGCGCCGUAUGGCUGUCAAUCGAGCCCUCUGCAGUCUGGCAGAGAAGGCCCGGCUUCUCAAGCUAGAUGAGGGCCCUCAUAUCGGUGGGACCAGAGGCUGGUACUUCUGUGAGGAACAUGAGGAGCCACUCAAACUCUUCUGUAGCCAGGAUGAGGGCCCUGUCUGCGUCAUCUGCCGGGACUUGCCUCAGCAUCGUGGACAUGACUUCUUGCCCAUCAAAAAUGCAGUUCAGGCCUAUCAGGACCAGCUGAAGGCAUCUCUAGAGCCUCUGGAGCAGGGUCUCAGACGGUUGAAAAUGAGCCAAUGCCGCCAGCAGGAAAACAUUAUCGAAUUAAAGACCUGCUCCGAGUCCUUGUCCGACCAUGUCUCUGGGGAGUUUGUGAAGAUGCACCAGCUGCUGAGUGACAGAGAGUUGGGUUUAAAGGAGGCCUUGGAGAACCGGCAAGAGAAGAACUUGGCCCAGAUGGAAACCAAGCUGAAGGAACUGAAUGGGAGGGUGGCCUCUUGGUCGGAGAUCCUCUGCCGAGUGGAGGCAGGACUUGAAUGCAAGGACCAAAUCAGUUUCCUCAAGGAAGCAAAGGAGUUGCUGGAGAGGGUCCGUAAGGAGCAGGGAGCCCAGGCUGAGGAGGAAGAGGAAAUAGAAGCUGAGGUGGCAGGAGAAGGCUUGGGAGCCAGUAGCGAAGACACAGAUGAGUGUGAGAAUGAGGCGGACGAGGGGCUGGCGAGCGCUUAUGAGGAAGUUGAUGAGGAGGAAGAAGAGGAGGAGGAAGAAGAGGAGGAGCAGGAGAAAGAAGAGGAGAAGGAGGAAGAAGAGGAGCCAGAGCAGGGGACAGCAGCAAAGGAAGAGGAUGCAGAUGGAGUGGUGCCUGUAGACUUGAACCUGGGCGAGUUCAAGGGUCCUCUACAGUUUUAUGCCUGGAAAGAGCUCUUGGGUGCAGUACAUCCAGUCCCUGCAUGCAUCACCUUGGACUGCAACUCAGCUCACCCCAGUCUGGUCCUUGUGGAGGAAGCCACCGCGGUUCAGUUCAGCCCGGGGCGACGUUUCUGGCGACGAAAGCCAGAGCGCUUCACCUCCAGCCCUUGUGUGGUGGGGCGGAAGGGCUUCACCACCGGGCGGUUCUAUUGGGAGGUGCUAGUUGGGGACAGCACAGGCUGGGUGGUUGGGGCAGCGAAAAAGUCCGUGAGACGCAAGAAGCGCCUGAACUUCCAGCCCAAGGAAGGGGUGUGGGCCAUUGAGUUGAGGGCAGGGGAGUACCAUGCGCUGAGUGAGCCCCCUACCCCGCUCUCAGUCUGCGGGAGGGUGGAUAAGGUUGGGGUCUACUUGGACUUCGAAGGGGGGCAGCUCUCCUUUUACAACAGCAGCAGCAUGAGUCACCUCUACACCUUCCAGGUAUCCUUCCAUGAGGAGCUGCUUCCCUUUCUCAGUACCCAGGGCAGCCACCCCCUCUCCAUGUGGGACCUGGAGCUCUGAGUCCCUGGCUCAGAUUGCAACAUCAAAACAAGAAGACAAGUCUGGUGGCUGCAGUGAAGGGGUUGUAGCCAACUAAG